ACAUAUUAGAAGAAACAUAGAGGCACCCACCAUGGAAGCCAAGCUUAUUUUAUUCACCUCGAUCUUUAUCCUUGCUCCUUUUUCAGCUUUUUCAUGGGAUGAUUACUGCACACACGUAAUUGAUGUGAAAACGGGAAAUGGGAAUUCUGCUACAACUUAUGCUACAGUGAGCCUUGAAUUUAGGGACAAGUAUAUCAAUCGGUUAAACAUUACAAAUCUGCAAUCACGGGGAAUUAUGAGCAAGUCCCACUACUAUUUCAGAAGAGGGAAUUUGGACACCUUUGCUGUUAAAGGCAGAUGCUUUAAUACUUCAAUUUGUAGCAUGACAUUAAGCCAUGAUAACACUGGUGUGUCUCCUGAUUGGUACGUCGACUAUGUAGAGAUCACCUCCAUCACACCGAAUCAUGGUUGCCGGAAACUCAAGUUCACUGUCAAUGCAUGGUUGGCUGCCGAUAAGCCGCCACUCGGUUCCGCUAGCCGGGGAGUGUAUUUAUGCGAUGAGAUUAUUGGCCAAACUCGUGAUUACUCUGAGCAUUGAGUUCUCCAUUUGGGCUAUGCUACAUUUGAUUUUGUAGACUUGCAAAGUGUGUGUUGCUAGGUUCUUGAGUUUUGGUUCUUUUGGAU